AUGAUGGACAUGAAGAUGUCAGGGACCCCCUGGCUGGACCAGCCGGUGAUGCUGCACUCAUCUCGUGCAGACAAAUGCAAGCUGACAGACGCUCAAUGCCGCUAUCGCAAUUAUAGUUGGCGCUACUGGUACGAAGCUGAUCAUGUCUAUGCGCUAAACACAGUGUACUUCAUGUGUGCUGUGAUUGGUGUAUUUAUGGUUUCCAAUCUACUUGUUAGGUUUGCUCCGGAUUGUGUGAAACGGACAAGACCAUGGCGCAUGCUUACUUCGGUCUCGCGAUAUCUUUCUUACCGUGGAUUUCGAGCCCGGGCGUUGCGGUAUUGGUCGCCGGCGCUUGGAGUGGUGAUUUUGGGGGCUUUAGGCGCGGUCUUCUUCUUCGCCAUGACACUUGGCCCGAAACCCUACUAUUGGCCGACAGACGCCUCUUAUGGAGGUAGUCCACCCCUUGCAACUCGAGCUGGCUGGAUGGCCCUGGGACUACUACCUUUCGUGCUUGCUCUGAGUACAAAAGCCAACAUGAUUUCGGUUUUGACUGGCAUCCCGCAUGAGAAACUUCAAGUUUUCCACCAUUGGACUAGUUAUGCGAUGUUUGUUUUGGCUUUGAUUCACACUUUCCCUUUCAUAAUUUAUGAUAUUGGAAAGGGGAAGAUGGUGAUGAAUUGGAAGACAAGUGUAGCAUACUGGACGGGAGUUGUUACUCUCCUCUCGCAAACAUAUCUAACCCUGAUGUCGCUACCUUUCAUUCGAAAUCGAUUCUAUGAGUUUUUCAAGGCCACCCAUAUCUUCAUGGCCGUGGUAUUUGUUGUGUUCUUUUUCAUCCACUGUGAUUUCCGACUUUCCUCCUGGGACUACUUCAUUGCUUCCGGUGCAAUUUACAUGGCCAGCCUUAUCGCAGGACAUGCCCGCACCUACUUGAAGAACGGCCUCCAUAACGCCAGUCUGGAACUCUUACCAUGUGGUCUCGUCAAAGUCUCCGUUCCAUCAACUAUGAAAUGGACACCCGGUCAACAUGUAUUCGUGCGUUUCCUAACUUUAGAUCUACACUUACUCACAGCCCACCCAUUUACCAUCUCUUCCGCAUGCCGCACACCAAAUGAAUCCGACGAACCCUCGGAGCUUGUUUUCUAUAUUAAACCCCGAGGUGGGGUUACUGGACGCCUGAGAGCGAUAGCAGCAAAGAGUCCAGGGUCCACAAAGAAGAUACUCAUUGAAGGCCCUUACGGUGGCGUCAGUGAGCCUCACAUGGCCCAAUUCGACACUAUUCUAGUCAUUGCCGGUGGUUCAGGAGGCGGGUUCUCCCUUGCCAUGGUAGACGAAGCACUUCGCCUCACAGGCAUGGCCCCAUCGGUCAGCGAAAAAGAUAAAAGACACCGACGAAAUCUUCAAGUUGUCUUCUCUACAAGGGAUCACACCAUGGCGGACUGGUAUAUUGAAGAAAUCGAGUCCCGGAUCUCACAAUCGACGUUACUAUCCACAAAUCCGGAGAACGGAUUCGAAACUUCAGUCUCUGUCCACGUCACUGAUCAACGGAACUCUGGGUUCUCUUCGUCUUCGGAAUCGGAUUAUGUUAAAGGGACAGGCAAUAAGAUGCAUCCUACUGAGGUAACCACUACAGGAAGUUUCAGUUUGAACGUUCACCGGAAUGCACGACCUGAUCUGCCCGGGUUAGUUGCGCGCACGGUGGCCAUGGCUCAUGUUCAAGGGACCCAUAUGGAGAAGAAACAGCGAGUUGGAGUCUUGGUUUGUGGCCCUGCAUCUAUGCUGCAUGAUACCCGAAAUGCAGCAGCUGUGGCACAGGGCCGUGUGUUUGGUGGUGAGGUUGAGGAGUUGUAUUUACACUCCGAACCAUUUGUGUGGUGA